AUGCCGGAGGACGACCGCCGCACGCCGGUCACCAUCGUCACGGGCUUCCUCGGCGCCGGGAAGACCACGCUCAUAAACCACAUCCUGAAGGCGAACCACGGCAAGCGCGUGGCCAUCAUAGAGAACGAAUUCGGCGAGGUGGGCGUCGACGAUGGGCUGGUGGUGGAGACCAAGGAGGAGAUCUUCGAGAUGAACAACGGCUGCAUCUGCUGCACGGUCCGCGGCGACCUCAUCCGCAUCCUCGGCAAGCUCCUGAACCGACGGGAGCGAUUCGACGCCAUCGUGAUCGAGACGACCGGGCUCGCGGACCCGGCGCCGGUGGCGCAGACCUUCUUCGUGGACGACGAGCUCAAGGAACAGCUCUACCUGGACGCCAUCCUCACCGUCGCGGACGCCAAGCACCUCGGAUCGCACCUCGACGAGGUCAAACCCGAAGGCGUCGAGAACGAAUCCGUCGAGCAAGUCGCCUUCGCGGAUAAGAUCCUCCUGAACAAAGUCGACCUGGUGACGCCGCAGGAGAAGCUCGCGCUCGUGGACAAGAUUCGAGGCAUAAACUCCAGAGCCGCCGUCAUCGAGUGCGUGCACGCGCGGGUCGACGUCGGGGAAGUGCUGGGAAUUCGAGCCUUUGACCUAUCCGUCGCGUGCGAAUUCGACGAGGAGUUUCUCGACGUCGAGGGGGAGCACCGACACGACGAGACCGUCACGUCGGUGGGAAUUCGGGUGCCCGGCGCGAUGGUAGUUUCCGAGCUGAACACGUGGCUGACGUCGCUGUUGCGGACGAAGGGCACGGACAUAUUCCGCAGCAAGGGUAUCCUGCGCGUGGCGGGGUCCGACGAGCGAGUGGUGUUCCAGGGGGUGCACAUGACGAUGGAGAUGGCCAGCUCGGCGAACGGGAAGGUGGCGGGUUGGAAGGAGGGCGAGACGCGGGAGAGUCGGUUCAUAUUCAUCGGGAGGAAUCUGGACAGGGAGGAGCUCACGGAGGGCUUUCGCGCGUGCGUCGCGCCGGAGUGAGGAGGAGGAGAGGUUUUCGGCACAAACCGAAUUCCCACGCCGUCGAAGGGAAUGCGCCUAAAAGUUAUUCGGGGUCCAGUGCGUAAAGUCGACAGAUGUCGGUCGCGGUUC